AUGGAUACAUAUGACGUUCAAAAUUUUGGCCAUCAGGAUUCAGGCUAUUCCUACCAACAGGAAGUGGAAAUGGACGGCUUCAAUGCACACAUUGACCCACAAUAUAUAAUUGAAAAUGACUCGUGCUCACCUAGGGGCGAGAUACACUCUCCUUUCAUUGGGUUUUUCUCAUCAAAAUUCCUACGCACUGGAUUUAUACUCCAGGUCAUAUCACUAUCCCUCAUGUUCGUUUUCUAUUGGGCGUUUGGAGGCAGCGGUAUCUUCAUUUUCGACCUAUAUGCAGCCUCAGAAAAUGUCAAGCUUAGUCAAUCAUUCCACCUCACUGUAUCCACUUUGAUGGGAAUUUACAUCACUGGUACGUUAUAUAUAGCCCUAUUUCAGGUAUUCGUAGCGGAUAAUAGCAAGCUCGUCAGAGGGUUUAGGGCGGGGUCCAAAAUAUUAUCAGCGGCUGUUACACUGGAUUUCAUCUCAUCAGUGCUAAGAAUGGUACAGUACAUUUACGCCUAUUACUACAUGAGCAUGAAAUGGUGGACCAAGUAUCAACAGACGAAGGCGGAUUGGAUUUUUUUUCAAUUCGGCAGUUUCAUCAACAGUUUCAGCUUGAUCAUGUAUGGAGCCUCCUUUUUCUAUUUGGAAGCUUAUCAUGAUGAAGGUACACACGAAGAAUAUGCUUGGAUUAAUAUGAUUCUCUUUGGUUUAUCCGGAUUGGCCGAAUUAUUGAUGGUUUUCACUGGAUUCGGUUCACUAUUUAGCGUAUUAUUGCUAGUAUCAAUUAUAAGUGGUACUGUUUGGUCAAUGUCUUUUGAGCCUCUGUUGGAGAAGUGGUCACCGGCUUUACAUAGCCGUGAUGUGAAUGCGGAUUUCAUGCCAGAUUCCAAGGAAUGCAAUCAGGGUUAUGGAUCUGACUCGACUUACUACCAAAUGCAAUCUAUAGCCGAAGGACCGAUGGAUCAUAUGAGCGCUUACGGCCCGGGUAUGGAAGAUUACCAACACCAAUAG